CCAAAUAAAGAGAUUUACAUCCAAAACCAGCAGAAAGAAGAGAAGAGGAUGGACGAAGAGGGUUGUUUUUUCUUACACACAGACCAGGCGAGUAUAAACCAAGUGUCUUAAACUCAGCCUGAACCUGCUGCUUCAGGAAAACAUGUUAACACCCGCUCUUCGUUAUAUUUUACCGAUGGCCAAUAGAUCCGGUGGUCUUCCUUUACUGAUGCUGAUCUUCAUAACCUGGAGGGACAGCAUGCGUUGCUGUGCAGUCACGGCGGAUCCCCCUGAGGAUCUAGCAAUAUUAGACCCUGGUCGUCUUGGACGUCUGGAGAUAACCUGGAGUCCUCCAAGCAGCCUAAUGAGCAUCACAACGUGCCUUCUGCAGUACCAGCUCGAGUACUUCAACACAUACAAGAACAGAUGGGAGACUCUCAGGACGCCUGGGAGGACCUACAGUGCUCAGUUUGACCUGUCCAAAGAUGUCCAAGUAAGAGUUUCCACCAUUCUGAAUGGAGAGUGCACCAACAACACAGUGAUCAAAAGCAAAGAAUACACUGAAGUGGUUAAGAAACCUCCCAGCACAGGAAUCUGGAAUACAGAAGCCAAAGAGUUCAUGUGUGUGUACCAUAAUAUGGAGAAUCUGGAGUGCACCUGGACACGCAGCCUGAAGACACCGGCCAGCUCACUGCAGAAUCUAUAUUUCUGGCAUAAAUCCCUGGAGCAGGCAGUGGAAUGCCCCAGCUACAUUUUGUCAGAUGGAGUGAGGACAGGCUGCAACUUCACAGGAAAACCUCUUCCUGAAUUCACUGACAUCUACUUCUGUGUAAACGGCUCCUCCUCUGAAGGACCCUUGAAGCAAGCAUUCUUCUCCAUGCAGAUCCAAAACCAGGUGAAGGCUUCAGCUCCAGGUAAGCUAUACCUGCAAACAAGUUCUGACAGGCAGCUGGAGUUUUACUGGACAAAUCCUGCUGGGAGACUUCAUGUGCACUGCCUCGAGUGGGAAGUGAGACACCAUCAUGUAGGAGCUGAUGGAAAAAUAUCUUUGAACCACAUUCACACCAAAACCCCCAGCCUGACACUGCUUUUCAGCGACAGCAGUGAGAGACACUGCUUCCAGGUUCGGUCCAGACUGAACUCAUAUUGUGUGGACAAAAGCUUUUGGAGCGAUUGGAGCCAUGAAACAUGCCAUCCAGUUUUGGAGAACGUAAAGGCCACACUGGAACCAGAACUGAAUUUCGUGUCUGUCUACAUCUACAUUGCUGUUGCCAUCAUUGCCACCCUGGUGGUGUUGCUGAGUGUUUGGGCAACAAUUAACAUGAGGAGAGCAGGACUAGAGAAGAAAGUGGACUCUCUGCUUCCCAAGCUGCUUACCAAACAUUUUACCCAGGGAGUUUCAAAGAUCUACAGCAGCAAGAAAAUCUGGACUGAUGUCAUCAUCUAAGAACAUUUCAGAAUUUUUCUUUUUCUUUUAUUGCUACUGUUGCACUUAUACUUAUUUUUCAGGGUGCCUGCACAGGUAUAUUGACUGCAACUACUGUGUGCAGUGUGUUAUUUACAAAAAUGUCUAACAUUUAACAGCUUCUAAAAGAACACUUACUUUCCUAUGUUAAACAAAACUGGAGAACUAUAUUAGAUGCAAAAUCAAGAGGUUUCGGUUGAUUGUUUAUGUUUCGCCACAGGUCUUGCUAGCUGAUUUUUUCAGCAGAGAUUACAUGGGCUGCAGUUACUUAACCAUGAUGUUUUACAGUUUGCCAGAUCUCUUGCCAGGUCAUUUACUUAACACUGGUUUCGAAGCUGUUUAUUAUUAUUAUUAUUGUUAUAUAUAUUUACAUUUUAUUUUAUCUUGAUAUUUACUUGUUUAACGUGGGCCUCAAUUCUUGCCAGUGAGCUGAUGAACCACCUACUUCUGUAUGUAACAAAAAAGAAAGGUGAUGUUCAAUUCGUCCAAAAUGUAUUUGUAUUGUUGUCUUGCACACUUGGAGCCAGUGAAGUUUUCAUUCAUCAUCCGAGUAUUUCUAAUGCAACUGAAAGUAUGAGUGUUUCAGUGUUUUAAUGCCACAAUUGUUGCCAUUUUUUACCAGGACUGUUACCGCAGCUUCUUUAUUCCAGCCAAAGCAAGCAUGCAUUGCGUGUUGAUUGUAGGAGUUAAAAUUCACCACACUCCCUCUGGCUAUUGUUUUCAUUAGAAAUUUUCAUUAAUUGUGUUUAAUGUGUUAUUUUAUAGCUCUAAUAACCAAGAAAUAUGAAUUGAAGUAUAGCUUUAAUGAAUGUUUGUCAUCCUAAUUGCUUUACAUGCAAGGUUUUGUGUAAUCAAAUUUGGUAUGGUGAAUUGCUCAUUUCUGUACUUAUCAAUUUUUUAAAUCAAUUUUUUAUCCAUGCUCCUAUACUACCUUUAAUGGAGAGACAGUUUAAGGAUGUAUUUUUUAUCAUGUUUGUUCAGAAUUUUGCUUUCACCGUCUUCUCCUUCGCAUUUUAUAAUGUGCAUGUUAGUCAUUCUCAUAAGAUGUGGAACAUAUUCGUUUUUUGGGAUAAAGAAAGCUAAAAAAAACAUAGGCAUUCUUUCUUCAGUUUGCAUACUGAUAGGCAUAAAAAUGAAAGAAUCAGACUUUAGAAUUGGUAGUAUAGAACAUAAUGUAAUUUUCAUCUGAUAAUAUUAAAGAAUUUGAACCUUCUUGAUACAUAAAUGUAUGUAUAUGUAAAUUGGAAGAAAGCAUUAUCUCUGCAACAAAUAUCUGUUUUUUUGCAGACUAGAAACGUUGUUUGUUUUUGUAAAUAGAAAAUGUGCUUUCACUGCAAAGUAGGAGAUUGUAGCACAUCUGAUUUCACACUGCUGCCGUGAAGCUACGAGAUUUGCAAAUAUUUCUUUUUCGUAACCCAUUUUUAAUAAAGUUUUAUGAGUAAACGAUAAA